AUGUUAUUCAGGGAUUUCACGUUCCUGUGGGAACCGUACAGGGCGGCGCGUGAUGAGAACGAGCUGCAAGAGGCCUUCAUCACCGCAACGGAGAGGAUCACUGAGAAAAAGCAGCUUCCGCCCGAAUACCGCAUUGCAGUGUGUCGGUUGCUCUGUUCCUGUGUAGGUGAUCAGGGGCUUAUGGAUGUAUUCUACGGCUUGCUACUGCCGCCACCGUACCGCCUAGAGGAAGUGUAUGAUCGGCAGAUGACACGACAAGAACUGGAGGAGGCUAUGGACAUCAUUCCGCCCGAGUUGGAUCCCGUCAUAACACUUCUCCCUUUUAAUCUGGCGGUUCGCACAGGCGUGUACGACGCGCAUUUGCGUGCUGCGGUUCGCCGUCUUUGUUGGCUAUUUGCGAUACCCUUUGAUCUCGUUGAGGCACGCGAGGGUGCAUUGGUGGAUGCAGUGGCGUCUUCUCCGUCGCCCUCGGGAGACGAUGGCUUUUUGGGGCUUCGGGAAAAACAGCAGGCUGUGCGAUCCCACAAGGAGGAAAAGAAUAGUAGUGUGCGCCGUGUGGCGACUGUCGGAACGUUCGCAGCGGUUGGCGGAAUAGCGCUUGUUUUUACAGGAGGUCUUGCGGCCCCGUUCAUUGCGCCUGCGCUCAGCGCCCUUGCCAGCGCCACCACCUCGACGCUCGUCUUCGCUGGUGCUACUGGUGGCGCGUUGCUAGGCAGCACGGCGGCAGCGGUGGUUAUGGGAGGACUGGUCGGAGCAGCCACACACACCGCAGCUCUCGUCGCUGUCGUCACGCCGGUGCUGACAGUAGCCCAUAUGACCGUCAUGUUCGGUAUUGGCGGGGCGAGCUUGGCAGGAUACAGGGCGUAUCGCCGCACAGCAGACUCAGAUGUGUUUAUGAUCCGCUCCACCACGGAGAUUGAGGAGCUUCCGCCCUUUGUGGACGGCAACGACAAUGCUUUGCUUUCGGUGCUUAGCGAGAGCCAGAAGGUGCAGUGGAGGGAUGCCAGCCGACGGGUGGCAGCAGAGGACAAGGAUCACGAUUUAUGGAUGAGUGUCCAGACCGUCUUGGAGGAGACGACAAGAGGUGGAAUUGUUGUACCAGCGCACACACGUGCGGUUGCAAUGCAGAACUUGGCUACAAGCGAUCAAUUUCAACGUCGCAUGCGUUGCCUCACGUUCGCUGUGCAAUGCUCAUUGCGGGGAUACCGAUUGGAGUUGAAGGCUGUAAAGCUAAUAGCCGGUACUUGGGGUCUUGUGCCACCAAAGAUCAUCGGAGAGGAUAGCGCUGGCAUUUUUGUGUCUCUUAAUCGCUACGCUCGCCCCACUGGCGCGGGGUGUGCGGUAUGCUACAACAUCGUUCCAGUGGCAAAGGCAGGUAUGGUGGCUGCGGCUGCCUGUAUGCUGCGUCUCUGGGUAUUAGCUGAACUUUCUCUCCUGGGCAAUUUGAUCAUUUCAGUUGCUGUUACCAGUGUCCGAGAGGCGUUUAAACCGCGGGAGACACUCAAAAAGCUCCGCGAGGAAAUUUUUGACUCUGAUAAUACACUUACUAUCCAGAACAUACUUGUGGAGACUCGCUUUUCGCCGAUGCCGUUUGUUCUUAUUUCGGAAUUGACCGAAGAAGGCGAUGCAUCUAAGGAAUGUUCUGGUGCUGCUACCUUUCCAGCCAAGGAGAUACAACAACGCAUUGUGGAAACCAUGAAUACAGUGUCGGCGCGCCGCCAGAUUGGGGUGUCAAUUGUAAAUAACUCUAAGCACUUGGUACGUGUACUUAGGUGUGUGCUCCUAAAUGGUGUGCGAAGCUCUAAAUCGCCCCAUAACACAACCAACAUUGACUCUAAACGGGCGUCACUCGAUGUGUUUACCAACGCUAAUAUGAGUCUGAUGGGGGCUGAAGGUUUCUUCCUUAUCGAGGUUGUAAAUGGCAAUAUUCACGACACCAUACAGGUUCUGCAUCGAGUACUCUACAUGAAGCUUCAGUUUGAGGUGAGCGCUUGGAACAACAUCAACGUAGCCUGUGUGGCAAGGUUAUCUUUGCAGGGACUUAUGGAGUAUCCCUUGAGCUUGGAGCAGUUGCCUAGUAGUAGACCCAUGCCCAUUCCGAUGUUAGGAUCCUUUGUAUCAGCAGACCUCCGCGUAAACACGAAUCUGCACAUGGUUGAACUGCGCAUAGAAGACUUUGUUGAACGUGCUGUGAUUACAGAAAUACAUAAGUCCCCCUCGCUCACGAUAGCUGUUGGUGGUUUUGUUUCAAUCUUUGACCAGCGGAGGCCUCAGCAGGACCAACAAGUGGCGCUCUGGGCCCCUUUUCUACCUGGUGCCCGCUUGUUUGGCGCGACGGAGGCGUAUGUGGUGCACUGGGAAGAUGAAUAUCAGACAAAGUUUGGUCGCACCAUUAACGCGGGAUCAACGACGCCAAUCAUCGAUCGUCUUGGUGACAAAGUUGUUUCGACUGCAACUGAUGCAGCAAAAGACUAUUUCCUGCAAGGCGCUCUCUUUGUCGGCCUUCGUGCGCUCGAUGCUCUUAAAGGGACCUUCUCACUGCCAAUGUAUGCUGUUUGGGCAACUGGCGUGAUCGACAAUGUUUUUGCCACACUUUCAAACCGCGCAAGCUAUACAGGGAAGGAUCUGGCGGGGGCCCUCUUAGACCCGCAUAAGGGUAAUCGCCCUGUUUCUCUUAUUGGUUUUGGUUUCGGGUCACGUGUCAUUGUGGAGUGUUUGCGCGAGCUAAAUCGUGUAGAGGCGUUUGGUGUUGUUGAAAAUGUGUUUCUGAUGGGAUCGACAGUAACAUCCUCCCGAGCAUUGUGGCGGGAGCUGCGACGUGUUGUGGCUGGUCGCAUCGUCAAUAUCUACUCCCGCAGUGACUGGCUUCUUUGGCUUAUGUACAAGAUGAACGAAGCGGCACUGCGGCCGAUGGCUGGUAUCAGUCCUGUGAACGUUCCUGGUGUAGAAAACUUCGACGUGACGUUUCUCGUCAAGAGUCAUAUUGACUACGCGUCGAAGCUGCGAGAGAUUGUAUCUGCCAUACCCGAGCGUCCAACACGGAAAAUGUAUGAGAGAUCGGCAGGAAGCCCUGGUGCGGUUGUGGAGCUUGGUGCGAUGAGGUCAGUGUCGGAGCGCAUAAGUUCCUCCAUGGGCUCCUUUUUGGGUGGCGAGCCGUGUGCAACACUGGCGAUCGCGAACCGAAUGGUGUCUGACGUAAAGGAGCUCAGCACGGAGCUGAAGUACGUCACACAUGUGGUCCAUGGCGGGUACUUCGAUUUUGAGCCGCCGGAGUCGGUCCCGUCGUCACGUUGCGCCGUCUGCGGCGUGAUUGGUUGUGGAGACGACGCUGUUGAAAACACCUUGAGUGGGGCGGUAACGUACAUGCUUCCCCUCGAUAGUGCCUCGGCGGAUGUGUUGCUUAUCAUUUUCUUCCACGCGGUGGCUGAAGGGGAUAUGCUGCUCGCUGCUACUGCAGAUGUGCGCAUGGUUGACCGGUCACGUGGUAGUGGUGACGCCGGGACGGACGCUGAACGUCGGAAGCUGUUAGAGUUGGCCCAAAAAGAGGCAGCGGAUCCCGAGCGGAUACGUUUGAGAUGCGAGAGCGCCGGACAAGCGUGGCACGGUGACCCACGCACAUUCAGUUUCACCGUUAACCUUGACGGUGUGUUUCGCGACGGCAGCAAGGAGGCCGUCUUCCGCGUCACAACCGAGUUUAUAGGCAAAUGUAAUUUCAUGGUGGGUGUGGUGGCACUCUUGACACAAUCUUCAACUCGGUUGCAACGUGCAAAGAUUACGGCAGCUCUCUUUGAUGAGAAUUACCAUAUGGGGGAGCCGCCAAGCAUGGUGACACCUGUGAAGUUGGAAUUGAUGACUCGCACCUUGAAUGAGUUUAGCAGUAAAUUUUCUAUGCAGAUCAAGAAUGAGCAGCAGCAGGAGGAGGAGGAGGAAAUGUCAUUCCAGCCAAUUGUAUUGGUUAAUUGCAGUGAAACGACAUUCUUUUGCACAGGCGUCAGUGAUAAAAGUGAUUUUUUUGACGCAGCGGCUGGUCUCGAGUGGAUUUGUCUUCCUUCACCAGAGCUUCCAUCGCGGAGUUGCGUUGUGACGGCUGUGCGACGUUUUUCCACUACCUCCACAUCAUCACCAUCCUCACUCGUUCCUUCGCAGGAGAAGCAGCAGGGUGAUAACGCCGUGCUCGAUGCCGUCGUGCUUGACGGUGACUGUGGUCGCUGCGAAGUGAAGAUUUUAGCUGGUGCUGGUGGAGGAGUUGAUGUGGCGUGCUGCUUCGAGCCUGCACCCUCUGCAGAUGGAAACGGCAGUGUGUCUGAGACACGCGUGGAGGUAGGCGGGGUAUCUUUUAUAAUUGUGACCAUCUCGUGGACGCCGAAAACAAAGGGUUCCGAGGGCGACUUGGAAGAGUCUUCAAGCUGUAGCAACGGUGGUUGGAUUCUUAUCGAAUGA